UUUUCACUGUUCACCUCAUUUUUUGCUUUUCCUUUAGUGUUUCUUUCCUUUCUCUCUUUAGUUUCCUGACCUGACCUCCAUUGUAAACUAAGCUUCCUUUCCAGCUUUCUAUUGGGAGUUCCCUCUCACUUUCACAAAGACCCACCAACCAUUUCACCCACCUCUUCUUUUUUGGGUCCUUUUAAAUAAUCAUCUCUCUUUCUCUUUACAUUUCCCUUCAAAGAUUGGGUUUUUGUCUGGCCUUGACCUUGCUUCACAUUUCUUUUUAUCAUUCUCUCAGUUCCUUUCUGGCCCACCUUGGGGCACAAAUCUCUACUUGUAAACUACUCCUCUCCAAUUGUUACUCCACUUUUUUUUUUGGUUACUAUGGCAUCUGGGUUUUUGGUGGGAUUGUGUUAUUUGAGGUCUACGUUGGCCUAUCUAUGCUCAUUGACUCUCUUUUGAUUCUAAACAAAGAAGCCCUUUCUUUGCUUCUGUGGUUGCUCAAGGAAGAAGAUCAAGGGGGCUAGUUUAGUGUAGAUCAUUACCACAAAGGACGAAACUUGUUAAUUUUACGGUAUCAGAAGCAAGAAGAUCACAUAAAAGUUUCUCUCUCAAUAUCUGGAAAAUCAGAGAUGUCGUCUGAGGGUUCUUUAUAUACUGAAUUAUCAAAGAGUUCUUUAAAUAGUGAAUUAUCAAAGAAGACACAAUUUUUGGGUCUAAAACUAUGGGUUUUGAUUGGUAUAUCUGUUGGUGCAUUUAUAGUUUUGAUUCUUUGUAUCUUGUCUGUAUGGGUUUCAUUUAGGAGGAAAUCUAGACAAUCACUAGAUAAGUUCGCCCUCACUCAAAUACCCAAUGUAUCAAAGGAAAUCAAGGUUGACAGAGUUGGGGGUCAGAGUUUUAAGGACCACCCUGAAAGUUUAUUUCUUAUCCAAGAUAAAUCAAGUGAUAGGAAUUCAGAGAAAAUGCAUAAAUCAACUGAUCCUGAUAACAUGAGUCAAUGCAGUUCUAUUUAUCGUCAUGAGGGGGUAUAUAGUUCACAGUCAGGGGAAGAAGGAAGCUUUGGGACUGUCCAAAAGCAUUCUUCAUUGUGUUAUGGAGGACUAGUGACAGCUUCUCCAUUAGUUGGCUUGCCAGAAGGUUCACAUCUUGGAUGGGGCCACUGGUUUACUCUUAGAGAUCUUCAAUUGGCAACAAAUCGUUUUGCAGCCGAGAAUGUGCUUGGUGAGGGUGGAUAUGGUGUUGUAUACCAGGCUAGACUGAUCAACGGAACUGAGGUAGCAGUGAAGAAGCUUCUUAAUAAUUUGGGACAGGCAGAGAAAGAAUUUAGAGUUGAGGUGGAAACUAUUGGUCAUGUUCGACAUAAGAAUCUAGUGCGACUUCUAGGCUAUUGCAUAGAAGGAGUACACAGGAUGCUGGUGUAUGAAUAUGUGAACAAUGGCAAUUUAGAACAAUGGUUACAUGGGGCUAUGCGCCAGCAUGGUGCCCUCACUUGGGAGGCCCGUAUGAAGGUUAUUCUUGGUACUGCCAAGGCGCUUGCGUACUUGCAUGAAGCUAUAGAGCCUAAAGUAGUUCACCGGGACAUUAAGUCAAGUAACAUCUUGAUAGAUAGUGAGUUUAACGCUAAGGUCUCUGAUUUUGGCUUGGCAAAGCUGUUGGAUUCUGGAGAGAGUCACAUAACAACCAGAGUUAUGGGAACAUUUGGUUAUGUGGCACCUGAAUAUGCUAAUACCGGAUUGUUAAACGAAAAGAGUGACAUUUACAGCUUUGGGGUCCUACUACUCGAAGCAGUUACUGGAAGGGACCCUGUGGACUAUGGCCGACCUGCUAAUGAGGUUAAUCUUGUUGAGUGGCUGAAGAUGAUGGUGGGGACAAGAAGAGCUGAGGAAGUAGUGGAUCCAAGCCUAGAAGUCAAACCCACAGCACGGCCACUAAAACGUGUGCUUCUAGUUGCACUUAGGUGUGUUGACCCUGAUGCAGACAAGAGACCCAAAAUGAGUCAAGUUGUCCGAAUGCUUGAAGCUGACGAAUAUCCAUUUCGUGAGGAUCGGAGGAACAGAAAGAGCCGCACAGCAAGUAUGGAAAUUGAAUCCAUGAAGGAACCAACUGAUAUUGAAAGCAAAAUAGGAGAUUCUGAGAUCCAUAUGUCUGAAUCAACUCAUGGACAGAACUGACAAACAAAUGACUUGGGUAUUUAUUGCCUUAAAUUAAAUUAAAUCUUUUGGUAUCUAUCCAUACAUAAUCAAAUAUCGGAAUUUUGUUUCUUGGAAACUCUUCCUAUAGUAAAACGAAUUGGAUUGAGGAUAGCCCCAUUGGAUUGUGAAGAAGUCUUCUCAUGCAUUAGCCAAGGAAGGAUGGAGAGAGAGAUGGUGAAGCCUGAAUGUAUGAGAAAGUGAAAGUGUUUGUACAGCUGUGUCUUAAGACGUCUGGGCUGCCUUCCAUACAUAAUUACAGUUUUCUAUAUCUUUUUUGGGUUUCACUUUUUGUAUCUUUUUAGCCAAUUAUAAUUUAUUCAUCUUCAUUAGCCAUAAAAAGCAGAAAUGCACUUACCAUACUACAGUUAAUGAUGGAUAUUGUUCUUUUGUUCUUUUCUCUCUA